AUGAAUUAUGGUAGUGAAGAACCGGUAAUCGGCGAUUACAUGCCGAACAAUGACGAAUCGGCAAUCGAUUAUAGAUAUGGUUUAGGUGAUAUUUAUGAUGAACCUUCGAUGGUGAAGAGAGCCACUUUUUAUGACGACGAGUCUCAGGAUGCCAUACAGAAUGCUAUACUGUCCUCAGGAUACAGGAGAGGCGAUUUGCUGACUAUGGAGAGAGCCAUCAGAGAUUUGAACCGGGAGGACGUUAGGUUUGUGCAGCGGCUGAUGCCUUUGCUUGAAAAUGGGAAGACUAACUAUGAUCCUGCUAGUGAGAGGGACCCGACAAUGGACGAUGAGGAUAUACACGAAAAUCCUGUUAAAUUGUUACCAAAACGCUUCGCCGAUCCGGAUCUUUUCGAACCAGCAAACGUAGUGGGCGAAUCGAGAUAUUUUCUCACUAAGGAAAACGUUAAUAAUUAUCUGAAGGGAGGAAGUCCCAUUUUGGUAAACGACUUUUACGUAACAGACCCAUUACAGCGUUUACUAACGCACCCACUGUCGUCCAUUGAUGGUGAAAACGACAACCAACCAGAAGUGACUGAUAAUGAUUAUGAUAAUAAUUUAUUCGAUGCUCGUUCGGUUAUAGAAGAAGAGGCUGAUUUGCACGGCGGCGGAGGCACCAGGAGCUAUCUGGCUAAUGUCAGGAAUAAAAAUCAACAGAGAAUGCUGCAGGAGGAGAAUGCAAAACACAAAUCUGCAUAA